GCAUAUAAUAAAUAUUUUCUUGCUCUAAAUCUAGGUUGGCAAGACUCCAGAAACACACGUCUGGGACACCAAGACAAUGAGUACAGUUUCAGUAUUGAAAGGUUUUCACACAAGAGGAAUUAUAUGUGUUGAUUUUUCAGGUACACAGGUCUUGCAUAGAAUAUUUUCUUACCAUUAUUGUGGUCUGUUGCGGCCAGCCCGUUAUUAUGGUCACCUCUUUAUUAUGGCCAUUCUUAUCUCAGAAAAAUGCCAAGACAAUACAAUUUUCUAAUACAGUAAUGGCCACCCUGGCCAAAUUUUUUCGGCCCGUCCUUGGCCGUAUUAACGGGUCCACUGUAUUAGAGGUGGAUGGUUUGGUUGGACUAAUUGACUAACUUCCACAGAGAAAUGGAUGAUUCCAGCUAUAGGCGAAAUUUUGAUCUAGACAAGAAUGAAAUCCAUUACUUUACUGUAACUGGAAGGAGCAUCUUAAAAUGAGUAAAAUUGCAAAGUCUGGUUGCGAAUUGUUGUAAAAUGAUGAAAAUAUAGCCCUGUGAAGUUCGUGAAUUUUGUAUAUAUUUGCAUUACGUGCGGGAAAAAUAACCAUUUUUGAGUCGAAAGUGGUUAUUUUUAGCGUGCAUAAUACAAAUAUAUACAAAAUUUGUGAACUUCACAGAUCUAUAUUCACUUUACAACAUUUAGCAACCAAUCUUUGCAGUUUGACUCAUUCUAGGAUGUUCUUUCUAGCUGUGGUGUUGGAUUUCGUUCUUCUUGCCUUGAUCAAAAUUUAGUCUACUGUAUAGCUGGAAUCAACCAUUAUAGCUCGCAACAGAUCAUGCCUGUAGAUUUUAUUUUUGUUGAGGUAGCCAGUUGUUGAAUGGGGGUAGACAUGGGGGUCUAGGGACCACCAAGCAGACAAAAACCAGUAGCCUGGGGACAAGAAGGGAGCUUGAAAUAAAAUCUAAACUUUGUUAUUGUAGUUCUUCCACCAUCAUCCAAUGACAUUUCUUCACCAUUUAGGGGAUGGCAAGAAACUUGCAGACAUAGGUCUAGAUGACGACCAUUGUAUCUGCAUCUGGGACUGGAAGAAAGCUGAGAAAUUGGCGACGACGCGAGGACAUAAAGAUAAAAUUUAUGUCCUGGAGUGGAACCCUUUUAAUAACAACUACUUUGUCACUGUCGGAGAGAAGCACAUCAAGUUUUGGACGCAUAAUGGUAAGGGAUAGUUUGGUCAUUGUGCUCAAAAGAGGCCCUCAAAGCAACAAACUGGCCGUUAAAAUUUCUUGAUUGAGAUUGCUUAACUGAGAAAAUGAAUCCUAGCUGCGUUAGUUCUGAAUAAUAUGCAAUAAAGUGUAAUAUGUAAAUACAGUGGAACCCCGUUAAUACAGUCACCAAUGGGCCGAAAUAAUAUGGCCGUAUUAACGGGGUGGCCGUAUUAACCGGGUAACUUUAUUAUAAAAUGUAUUAGUGUUUCGCCGGGACAAAAAAAAGUGACCGUAUUAUCGAGGUGACCGUAUUAACGGGGUGGCCGUAAGGCGGGGUUCCGCUGUAUUGUAAAACACCGCUUCUUCAUUUUUUAUGACCUCAUAGGGGUCCCCUGGGAAAACUUUACCCCGGGCCCCGCGUAACCUCUCGGCGGCCCUGCGCGUAUGUGAACGUGAAUGAUUGUAUAUAUGCCAGAAAGAUUCAGAAUACAAAAACGCGACACAGGGGUAGGCAUUGUUAGUUAAAAAUUUAGUAAACCUAUUCUAUUCACAUGCAUGUACCAAUAGGAAAUUGAGGAUAUAAUAUUUCUUCAUUUCAGGCUCCAAGAUAGAGAAGCGACCGGUGACCUAUGGUAAAGCUGGUCAAGUUUCCUCUAUGUUAUGUGUCUGUCACAGUCCUCAUGAUGACCUGUGUUUUGCCGGCGCUGAUAACGGAGAGAUCUAUGUCUGGCAGGGUACUACUUUACGACGUACUAUCAAAGGACAUAAAGGAGCUGUUUAUGCUAUGUACGCCUUGAGGAACACUGCUAAAGAGGUCAGGUGUUGCAUGUUCUCCCUCCCCUCUCCCUCACCCCAGCGCCGCUACGCAGGCUAGUAAAAUGCAGAAAGAACACUUCCAUUUUGACUCUAUUGAACACUGUAUUCCGGUUUCUUCCUGAAGUAUAACGGAUGUUUCUCAUCGUCCUGAAGUAUAGCGGAUGCUUCUCAUCGUCCCGAGUGUUUCUCAUCGUCCUGAAGUGUAGCGGAUGUUUCUCAGCAUCCUGAAGUAUAGCGGAUGUUUCUCUGUCCAGAGAACAGAGUUUGGAACUGAUAAUGUUAUCCACUAUCCAGUAUAAAUAGUUUAGUGUAGGUUUCCACCUGUAGUAACACUGGAUCAAUAAGUGACGAUCCUUACUUUAGAACUGAUAGAGCUAUCCAGCAUAAAAAAGUUAGUUUAGUUUAGGUUUCUUCCUGUAGCAACACUGGAUCAACAAAGGAUUGUCCUAACAAAACGUAGUUAAGGCAAUCCUAACAGAGCUUUCAUCUAAACCGAAUGUUUUGUUUUUCCAGGGUUUUGUGACUGGUGGUAAGGAUGGAGUGGUUGUUGUGUGGGAUACGUUUUUUGAACAUUGUUUGAAAGCGUUCAGAGUCGAGCGUACUGUCAUGAACUAUGGUUCUAUCUUGCUUGACGAUACCCCUCCUAUACGAUCCAUACAUACGAAUGCGACGAGAAUUCUGAUUGGUACUGGGAAUGACGAGGUAUGAUAGCCGGGAUUUACACUUACCAAUCCUAGCAUACUCUCAUCAGCGAGGUGGCAUACAGGUCAUGUAUAGGUUUUUUAAAUAUUUAGGCGUUUUUUAAAGAUUUACGAGAACCAUAACAUUACUAUAUAAAAUAUAAUAUGAAGUAGAUGCUUAAACCACCAAUUGAAAGUAAUUAUUUUGUAUUAAAAUAUUGUAGGUGAUUGAAAUUGAAGAAGACGGCAAAAUGACCAUUAUUGUUCAGGUACUUAUACGAUGGAAAAAAAUAAAUAAUGCAAAUUACAAUCAACAAGUAAUCUGACAUGACAAUUUUGCGCAUGGUUAUCCUAUUUGAGUAACUUAGAUAUCGUCCAGUAAUGUAUAUAGUUCAAUGCUGCCAUCUUGCUUUCCAGGGUCAUGGCGAGGGAGAGGUCUGGGGCCUAGCAGUACAUCCAUACAAGGAAGAAUGCGUGACUGUGAGCGAUGAUAAAACACUAAGAGUCUGGGACCUGAAGAAUAUCCGUCUUAAGCAAGUGAAGAAACUAAAGCGAGGCUCGCGAUGUGUUGCGUAUUCUCCCGGUAGCGACACCCUGGCUGUCGGUCAUAAUGACGGAAGCCUAAGUAUUAUGGAUGCGCAGACUUUGACACCCAUCGUCAAUUUUAAAGACAGGAAGGAAGAAAUAUCCGAUGUGAAGUUCUCGCCAGGUAUGGGCGUUUGCUGUUGGACUGUUUUCCUCCUGUGGUAACACUGGAUCAAUAAGAGAUGAUCCUUACUGGACCUUUAGGGAGAACAGUUUAGAACUGAUAGAUCUAGUUUGGUUUCCUCCUGUAGUAAUACUGGAGGAAAAAAGGAUGAUCCUUACCGGACCCCUAGGGAGAACAGUUUAAAACGGAUAGGUCUAUUCAGUAUAAAUAAAGUUAGUUUAGUUUAGGUUUCCUCCUGUAGUAACACUGGAUCAAUAAGAGAUGAUCCUUACUGGACCUGUAGGGAGAACAGUUUAGAACUGAUAGAGCUAUCCAGUAUAAAUAAAGUUAGUUUAGUUUAGGUUUCCUCCUGUAGUAACACUGGAUCAAUAAGAGAUGAUCCUUACUAGACCUCUAGGGAGAACAGUUUAGAACUGAUAGAGCUAUCCAGUAUAAAUAAAGUUAGUUUAGUUUAGGUUCCCGCCUGUAGUAACACUGGAGCAAUAAGGUUGCAAUAAGGGAGAUCACUCUACUUGAUCUCUAUAGUGAGAACAGUUUAGAACUGAUAGAGCUAUCCUGUACAGAUAUAGUUAUAAAGGUUAAAUUUCCUACUGUGGCAAGUGGCAACAUUGGAAUGAUAAGAUACAGUGUCACUCAUACUUGACCUCUAGGAAGAGAAGUUUAAACCUUAUAGAUGUGGCCUUUUAAUUUUUUCUUUUAUAUUUUCUUAGAUGGCAAGUUUCUUGCGGUGGCCUCGCAUGAUAAUUUCGUGGAUAUCUACAGUGUGAAGCGAGGCAAGCGUGUUGGCGUCUGUAAAGGACAUUCAAGUUACGUCACUCAUGUUGACUGGGAAGUCAAAGGUGGGAUGUGUGUGUAUUUUGUAGAUGAAGAUUUCGAGGUCUCACAGUCCAAAUCGAAAUUUCAAGUAAAGAACUAGAAACAUCCUGUUUCUGAUUUACGAGCUGACAACUUCAAUUGUAUUGAAUUAUUUUCUUUGCCAUUACUUCAUUAUCUAUAUUGAUUGAUGAUAAUUGUAUCGGUCAAUCAAUACUUCAAUUCAUUCGUUCAUUUAUUCAUUCAUUGAUUCAUUCAUUAGGCAAGUUGCUGUUGACAAACUCCGGGGCGCGAGAGCAUCUUCUCUUCGAAGCUCCUCGAGCGAUGAGAAAAACUAUGAAUGAUACAGCCUUGAUGAGAGUCGAGUGGGAGACCGUCACUGGGGUCCUGGGGCCGAACUUACGAGUUUUCCCGCCAGGUACUGACGUCACUGAUGUGAACACGUCAUGUCGGAGCAAGGAUCAGCGUGUCCUGGCAACUGGGGACGACUUUGGUCACGUGAAAUUGUUUAACUAUCCUGUUACAGUAAGUUGUUUUUAAACAUAGUUUUUAAGGGAAGGCUCAAGUAUACUACACGUUUCUGCCAAAAGACGAGGGGCGAUCGGAUCUAGCCUCAUCUGCAAGGAGGGGUGCAGUUUUCCAUGCUCGUUGGGAAUUUCAGAAUGGUAUCAAACUGUAAUAAUUUCAAUUAUUAUUUUCUGUCGUAGGUGAAUGGCGCGAAAUUCCGUCAGUUUACCGGUCAUUCUUCUCACGUGACCAACGUUCGAUGGACCAGCGAUGACAAGAUGCUGGUGACCACUGGAGGAAUGGACACGAGUGUUUUGAUCUGGGAAAGACGUCGUGUAGAGCGUGGUGAUACAGGUCAGUAAAGAAAACUUUUAGUGAGGUUGGGUAAAUGAAAGACAAAACAACUCAAGGGUUGGGUAAUACAAAUUUAUUGUCAUUUCCAAUGUAUGACUCACUCAAAUAUUGAAGACUAAAAGACAAUGUCAACAGUCAUCUGUCAGUACAAUAUGCAAAUCAAUCCAAGUCACUAUCUAGAUCAUUUUCCGAUUUGUCAGAAGGCAAAUGGUGUUUCCAAAGAAGGUACAUGUGCAGACAACGUGAAACUUUAGACUACAGAAAAUUGCACAACCAGUUACGUACACGAUUCUUAUCCUGGCCUAUGUACUCGAGUAAAUGUAUGUAAAGAUUUCGCUAUAACUGAUGAACAAGAACAGUGGGGCGUCAGCAGUCGUUUUCAACUUUUCAUACGCCGGAAUGACAAUUGUAUGCAACUAGUCGUAUCGUAUUAAUACGGGCCUUUGUGUUGUGUUCGUUUCAGAAGAAGACAUUGCUGCAGAAGCCACCUUGGUACAACCGAAGUUCAUACCAACUGGACCUAUCAAGAACCCUGUAGCAAGAGGAAAACCUCAACUAUAGCACAGCGUUUGGCUUUAUUUAAAAAAACUGGAGUCAAUAUUAAAAUGGGGGCGGGACCGGGGCUAUUCUCGGCUGUGUGUAGUCCAAACGGGAUUGGAGAUUUCGUGUAGUCUUGGUAUAUAUAUACGCAAUUUUUGCUAAACAAAUGAGUACGUUCCAUUGAAACAAUCACACCUCCAAUCUUGUUUGCGCAAAGACAAAUCUUGCAAACAGUCCCAAAGCCGAUUUUGCAAUACAUGGAAUUUUGCGCGCGGAGCGGAAUUUUUUCUUUGUCCCCUCUAAUUGGUUCCACCCGAUUAAUCACAAGAUAGAGAUUUAUCCGUUCCGCGCGCAAAAUUCCGCCUAGUGGAAAACCGGCUUAUAAUCUAUGUAAUGUAUUGUAUAAAAGCCAUGUACAGUGUAAAAUGUGAAUAGUGCAAUAACCAUAUGCAUACAUCCUGUAUAUUUACCUCCGUGCAUGUAAAAUACUGCAUUUCAUGGAAUAGUACGAAAUGAUUAGUUAAUCAAGUAUUGGUAUUUUAUGCAACAAUAAAAAUAAUCACGUAAAC